UAUGACUCGAAUUCCUGCAAAACAGGUCAAGUUUGUUGUAUCAAUGAAUGUGUUUUCGGCUCUGACUGCCUCGGUCAUUAUUGUUCCACCGAUUCCGAUUGUGGUUUGCUAUUUUGUUGUUCGAGUCGAUGCCGCAGAUCUCACUGUAGUUACUCAUGUUCUACUGACUCAGAUUGUGAAUUCUCAGACAUUUGUUGUUAUGGACCAUGCUCGCUCGAUUCAGCCUGCAGUGAUAAUGAUGGUUAUGAUUAUACGGCCGUAACUAUCGGUUCCGUGUGUGCAGGCUUACUCAUCUUCGCUUGUUUGGUCUCCAUAUGCUUUUACUACGCUUGCCGAAGACACCGAACUCAAUAUAGAAGGAUGGUUGUAGGGCAGAGAGUUUCAAACACGACCGUUAGGACUACAACAAGAACUGUACCGGUGCCUAACCCACCCGACGUAGGGCAGAUACCUCCACCCUACCAUCAAGGCUACCAAUACUAUCCCCCACCUCAGUAUGAACAACAUCAGACGGCCAUGCCUCCACCAUUAUAUAACCCUGGGACAACAGUAGAAAAUGAACAACCUCCCCCUUACAGUGCAGCAACACAGGAUAGAUCAGGAGGGUAUACCCAUUUUUAAACUGGACUGUUUGGUGUUGGGUCUGUCAAAGUUUGGAACUAAUGAUGUCCUUGUCACACAUUAUUUUUCAUCUCAUGACUUGAAUAUUUUGUAUAAUUUCUAAUGCCUAGCGACAAACAGAGGCACAAGUCAUGAAAUUCAUAAAGAUCCUGACCAUUUCUUGACUUCAGUGGUUGUUAAUACUGCUACAUAAAUGAUCAUGAGAUGUUUCAAAGACAACUGAGAUAAAAAAAAGUAAUAAAUUCUUAUUUUAUGUUCGUUCUAAGUUAUUGACAAUUAUUGCAUUGAUUUCAGCUUUCAUAGAUAUGAAUAUCUGUGCAAAACACCCUCCUUAAUCGAUCUCAUAAAUGGUAAUGAGGGGGAUACCAGCUUUAAUCCCCAAUAUGGAAACAUAAUAAUAUUGGUCACCAAAAUCACAAAAGGGGGAAGAGGAAAUCUUGUCAGAGUGACUUUGUUGUCCUUGUGAAAGUUCACGCAAGCUUUAUCAGCAGAGUAAUUGCUACAUUUUUUUGUCUCAUUUGACUUUGGUUAUCAAGGCGCACAUACUAAUAUUAAUAAAUAUGAUAAUAAAACAAUAAUAAAUAAUAAUCAGAUUUAAUAAUAAGAUUUAGCCAAGCGUAAAUGCAAAGCGUAUGUUUAUGUAUUUUAAUUUACUCAAGCUGUUUCCCUAACGAAAGAAACUAACAUAGAUUUUCAACGAAAUUUAGUAAACUGAUGUAACAAGUCAGCAAGAAGAUGAUAAAAGUGUGUGAAAGUAGGGUCACUAACUGCUUGUUAAUGCUGAUGAAUACUUUUACUUAGGGGUCUUUGGCAAUAACUGUGGAGAGCCCAAAACUAGACAAAUGGGCAUGACUUCUUGCUUGAUACAAGUGAUAUUGCACAGAAAUUGGCUUUAUUCUGUUGCUGUCCACGUAGCUGUUAUUAAGAGGCAGGCCCCCAGCUACUUUCAUAGGAAAAGAGAAGAAAAGUUGAAGCAAGAGAAAUCCCUAGCUGUUUGAUUCCCUGCAUACUUGUUGUAUUUACCCGGCAACCUGAAAUCUUAGUGGCAGCCCUGUGUCCACCUACAAACCAAAAAAUGCAUUUGAAUAACUUCUGAAUGCUACAAAAAGUGAAGUCUCAGGUUUUGAUGUGUGCCAUUCGGUUCAUUUUAGCUCUAUCUGGCUUUGCAAUGUAUUCAAUAAAAUGGUUAAAAAAAAACCUGAACAUAGAUUUUGCCAAUUUGGUUUUCAUUGAAAGGAGGCACUAGUCAUGAAAUUAUAAUUUAGAAAAUGGGGGUCACCAUACUCUUGUUUUGAAGUAGAGAAACCUGUGGACAUGCUCUCCCCUGGGGUAAGGAGGAUAGAAAUCACAAGGAGAUGGCAAGGAACAAGACAGAGGAAGGAAAGUGGUAGAAUGGGCUGACCCUUUCCACUCCCUUGCUGUUUUGUUUCCUGUUUUUGCAAUUUCCCCCAGCAAGAGGCCUGUAGCCUGUGAGACGUCCCUCCUUCCUCAGAAAAAAAUCGGGAGAAGAGACUUUUUCUCCCAAUUUUUUUCUGAGGGAGGGGGGGCAUCUGUACACAGGCUAGAGGCCUGCAGUGGCUGGUUUCCUUCAUCUGGGAGAAAAACCCACGCACAAGGCCUGAAACACAGUCAGCACACAGAUAAACACAAGAAGGAACGCUUAGAAGGGAAAUUUAAUGCACAUUUUGCUCAUUUAAAGAGCAAAAGAGAAUUCUCAUACAAUAAAUUGCUUUACUUGGAUGCCGAGUAGGUAAUCUCACAGUGAGCUUGAGUCCCGGGGGGGGAACUCCCAUACAUUACCUAUACCGGUAUGUGCCACCCAACAGGGUCGUGGUUUUGAAGCUCCUGAUUUGGAAUGGGGUAUCCAUUUCAGAGGUGUUUUGUAGAGAAAGGGGUAUAACAUUUCGAACGCACAAGAGCUCCAGUACUCCGGAUGAUUAUGAAGAAGCAUUUAUUUGAUGUAUAAGUCGAACAAAUAAAGAAAUAUCUUUUUAAAAAAAACAGGGCCAUUUCAAUUUACAAACUUUCUAGAACGGAGUAUAAAAAAUUGGCCCAUUUCUAGAACGGGGUAUCAGUUUUAGGGCGAAUUCUAGAACGGGGUAUCAAUUUAAUUUGUUGGGGAGAAACAGUUUUUUUAGAACCGGGGGGGGGUGCCAAUUUGGAGUCCCGGCAAAUUGGCACCCCGUUCUAAAAACCCUAAAAAUACCCCGUUCUAGAAUUCGCCCCCUGGGGCUCGAAAUGGGCCAAUUUUUAUACCCGGAGUAAAAAACUGUGGCUCACCCAACAAAUUAAAUGUGUCCAGACCCAGGAAACACAAAAACCCGAUGUAAAUAGAAUUAUGGCUGCUCGAAGGCUUAAGUUAAGAUAAGAUACGAGGAAGAAAUUGCCCAAAAAGUAGGGAGGAGAUAGUGAGACAUAGGUUGAAAAAGUAUGGAAGAGGGAGGUUUACUUUCCUGUCCCUCCCCAACCAGGUCAGGAUUUUAGUCAUGACGUCAUUGUUAGCGUUAUUCGUGGAAGCCAUAUUGGACAACAUUCAAGGAAGUCGAUCCAGGAAAAGCCAUGGCUGUUUUUACAUUCCGAGCUUUGCUGAUUGUACUUUUAACUGUUAGUUCUUCUUUUUUUGCUGUGAGUUAUGGGUGGUGUUCUCGGUAUGACUCAAGUUCCUGCAGUCCAUAUGAAGAGUGUUGCAAUCAUUUUUGUAUUUCUGGUUCAAGCUGCAUCGGUCAAGUUUGUUCCGUUGAUUCCGAUUGCGCUGUCACUGAGAGUUGCUGUAGCGGUCGAUGCAGAUCUGACUGUUUGGGUUAUUCAUGUUCUAGUGACACAGAUUGUGGACUAUAUGAGUACUGUUGUGACGGAAAAUGCUCGUACGAUUCAGUCUGUUAUGAUCCUACAGCCGUUAUCAUCGGGUCAGUGUGUGGCGUUCUCAUCUUCGCUUGUUUGCUCUCCAUGUGCUUUUACUACGCUUGCAGAAGGCGUCGAGUUCACCAUGGAAGAGUGAUUGUAGGACAGAGAGUUACAACAGCGACCGUGAGGACAACAACAACUACACCGCAGCCUUACCCACCCUAUGUGGGGCAGAUACCUCCACCCUACCAACAAGGCUACCAAUUCAACCCCCCACCUCAGUAUGAACAACAUCAGACGGCCAUUCCUCCACCAUACAACCCUGGGACAACUGCAACAAAUGAUCAACCUCCGCCUUAUAGUGCAGCAACACAGGGUAGAUCAGGAGGGGUUUACGCUCCUAAACCGUCAUAUGGUGCAAUACAAACGCCUUCAGCUCCCCCGCCUGUCUAG